UUGUCCUAUUAUAUUUUCCUGUCCGUAUAUAUUACCGUUGAUUGAAUACGCCUUUACGGUUAUGGUGUCGCAUACUGUGGACUACGGUUGUCAACAACCAAAAUUGUGGAGCGCAGGUUGAUAAUAUGAUAAUAAAACACACGUAGUCGCCGUUUAAACACAGUCACUGUCGAUAAGGCUUUCUUAGACUACAGGGAAGAAACCCUUGGCGCAUUGGAAAACAAUGAAAGGGAAACAAUAUGAAGGAGGAAAACAGUAGCCUCUAGUAAGAAGAUCCGAUGUGGUCCGGAUGCAGCUGCUGCAUCCAGAUUUGAGUGCAGAGAGAUCAACACAACACAAAAAGCGUCUCCUCAGUAAAAGCAGAUCAAGUCAGGCAGGAGGCCUCAUCUCAUCUCCAGUGAAGUUCACACCAAUGGCUGAUUCAGACAGCACGUCUACAUCUCAUCGAAAGCCGCACUGCCCACAUACACCUGUCUCACUUUCAUUGCCUUUCCUGAGAGAGGGCAGUAAUGUCUUGGAGAGGAAACCGCCCCAAACAGGGGAACCUCCUAGUCCACUGCCAACCAAACGCACACGCACCUAUUCAGCUAUUGGAGAUACCGAUACGUGCCAAAGAGAGUGAAAAAGACAUAGCAAUUUAAGACAUAUAAG